CCUUUUGAGGGUCACUAGUACUAUGACACACCUAACCUAAUUUUCUCACCACUUCAAUAAAUUAAUAAACAUGUAUAAACUAAGAAAUUAAAGACUGUUAUAGUACAAUUGUGAGAUGGGAAAGUUCGAGCCAAAUCAUAGAAACCAAAGUCUGUGGAAUUCUAGUCGUAAUCGAAAUAAUGACAUUCAGAAGGCAAUGGAAAAAAAUUCUAUACGAAAAUCAGGGUUAUCCCGACAAUUACAGCGAUAAAGAAGUCUUCCUAAGAGAAUUGAAAAAGAACAUCGAGUAUAAGGAAAUAUCAUUAUUCAAAGCCAUAUCAGGGGCCACGAUUUUAGUCCAAGAGAUUUGCAAUGUAGUGACAUUCGUCCUAGUAUAUUUUUACAUGGUAAAUGAAUGGGCCAAACCCAAUCUUAUAUUAUCGUGGAGCAGCGGACUUACAACAGUAGGAUUCUGUUGGUACCUGGUUAUUCACAGUAAAAAAGUCAAAGAAAAAAUAGGCAAUGAUUUUAGAACUGUGCUUACAUUCUUGGUGUUUGGGCAGUUGUUUUCACCAGUACUGCACACACUAACAGAUACAAUAAGUACAGACACUAUUUACACCAUGACAUUUUUAAUGACUAUUAUCCAUUUGAUUUUCUUUGACUAUGGAGUCAGUGCAGCAGUGGUUUCCAGCAGUGUUUCUUUGAGUGCUGCAGUUUUUGCCUCAAUUUGCCUGGCAUCCAGAUUAUCAUCAGCUUAUGAAGCUUUCAUUUUAUUAACAGUUUCUACAGAAAUAUUUGUGCUUUUUCCAAUCUUAAGGACUGAAUUAGGGAACAAUAAAUAUAUAACUGCAGUGAUGUUUGUUAUUGAUUUACAUUACUUAUUGGAAUGUUCUGGUUUAUUUGCGAUAAUAUUUUUAUCAGUUAUUGCUUUAGCCAAUUUAUUAUGCCCUUUGUUGUUUGUUAAAUACCAAAUUUUUAAAGAGAAUAUUUAUGGGCCUUGGGAUGAGGCCAUUGUUGAUGAUAUUGAUAGUGUAUAUUUUACUUAAUAAAGUUAAUAUUGUUAUAAA